UUGGACACAACGUAUGCUCUGCAAGUCAGCUAGUACUCCUACUUUGCACAUGAUGAUGUGCUGUAGAGGAUAUGAAUCGAUCUGUUUGGCUUUUAUUCCUAUCACCUGCUUGACGCCCAACCCGGCCAUCCACCUUUUGAUUUAUCCUCUGUAGUUCAAUUUUUGCCUCUUAAUUCCAAGCAUACUUCAGCACUAACUAACUGCCCGAUUGUUUGAUGCCUACUAGAGUUAGAGUAGCUCCUGCCCGAUUAUUGUUUAGCUUUUCAUGGAUAAGCCUUCAGGCCGGGCUGGGCUGGGAGGGAGUCCUGGACACACACGCACUGUAUAUUUCAAGGAUAAGAAAGAAACCUCAGUUGAAAACCGAGAAACCGACUACAACUCUCUUUCAUGCAUAUGUGUAACCACGUACAGCUAAUUAACGGGCUACUAUACUAGUAUAUAUGGCUACUAAUUUGAUUCAGACCGGUCUUUAAUUUCUCUCUCCUUCCUCCUAACUCUUACUCUAUCUGGUAGCAACAACUUUCCUUUCUCGUCAUCCUGUUCAUCAAUCUAGUAUAUAUAUGGAGGUUGCUGCGACGACUCCGAGCCAUGAGCUGGUCCCGCAGCUGCAGUUCCCUCCUGGCUACCGCUUCGUGCCGACCGAGGAGGAGCUCGUCGACGUCUACCUCCGCGCCAAGAUCGAGGGCCACGAGCUUCCUCUCAACGUCGUCAACGACGUCUCCAUCCUCGACUGGCAACCCGGCAGACUCGUCGAGGAGUACAAGGGGUACGGCGAGAACAGGUGGUUCUUCUUCACGGUGCGGGAGCAGUCGUCGUCGAACAAGGAGAAGGAGCCCAGCCGGAAGGUGAGGGUGGAGGGCGUCACGGCGACAUGGAAGGCCACGGGGAGCGUGCAGCUCAUCCGGCGGACGACAUCCAAGGACGGCGACAAGGUGGUGGUGGGCACCAAGAGGGUGCUCAUCUACAACUCCAGCGACACCGACGAGAACGGCAAGUGGAGCAUGCACGAGUACAUCCUCAAAGACCACGCCGAGAUUGGGCAGUAUGCCCUGUACUCAAUCCAAAGGAAGCAGCACUCGGACACCGAGGGCAAUGCCGACAUGGAUCCAAAGAAGAAGAAGAAGAAGACUAAGAGGAGGAAGUGGACGGAGACGGAGACGGAGACUCCUUCUACCGAACUGGAGGGAGUGCAGCUGCCGCACCCAGAGACGUCAACGACAACACUGCUCGCCGAGCCACCAUUGAAGCCGACAAGGAAGGCCAAGGGCCAGAGGAAGAAGAAGCCAUCAAUGCAAGUUGGAGUUGAGGGAGAACAGCAGCAGCAGGGACAGUCACCGAUGGAGCCAGUGACGCCGCCCAAGAAAGAUGAGCUAGUGCCAUCGUCGCAGCAAGAACUGCGACAGGAGCAGGCGGCGGCGGACGGUGCGCCGGCGCCGGUCGUCCUCUCCGCCGUGCCGCUGCAGGCGGUACGCGUGUGCCCACCAUCGGAACCGGACGGAACGCUCGGAGCUUCCGCGCCUAAGCUUGAAGAAGGCACGCUCGACGAAAUGUCCCAGCUCCUGGCACUGCUGUACAACCACCACCCUUCCAUGCCCUGCAACAACCAAGGUGAGGAGCAGUGGCCACCGAGCUUCACAGAUGACAGUGCGCCGUUCCUCGCCGCACCAGACACCAACGUCGUCGUUGAUCAUGCUCCGUUCCUGUCCUACCAGCAAAAGUUAGACAGCUACAGCUUGUUCGCAGAGCACAACCAGCAUCUCUCCUUGGGAGAAAACGACCAAAGUGUUCACAUGCAGCAGGGGUGGCAGCACGCUGAUCUGAUGUUCCUCAUGGACGACAACACCACGCAGCAGAUGAACAGCAGCGUCAGCUGGGACUCGAAGCAGCAUGGUGACGACCAGCGUCAUCAGGUUCACCAGCAGCAGCCGGAGCAGCAGGAGGAGGAGAGCAAUGGAGGGGCCUUUGGAGUAGUACAAGACCAGCAGCCUAUGAAUCAUCUUCAGGGCGGCCAUGGCCGCCUGCCUCCGUCGGACGAGCCGCAGUUGCCUGGCUCUGAUGAUCUGCAGGUCGAUAGCCUCCUGUUCGGUGAGAGCGUUCAGACGGGUGAGCUUGACGCGUUUCUUAGGGGCGUGCUGGUGCAUGGCGAUGAGCCGACUCAGGGCGGCUUGGCAGCAGGCACGCAGGAGCAGCUGCAGGGAGGCGAUGAUCCAGCGACGACUCUGCAAGCAGCAGGCACCGAGGAGCAGGGGCCUGAUGAUGCAGCGACAUUGUACCAGCAUGAUGAUCUUGAGCGGCAGUUGGCGUGGUUGCGAGCUCUCAACGAACACGUGCUGGAUCACGUGCGGGAUGGGCCGUGCUCUUGCAUGAUUUGUGCAGCAGGUCUGUGGCAUUAUCAUUUUCCUGGUCCUUGAGUGGUGGUAUUGGUACAUGGUACCACGAGGUAACCAUUAAACUAUAGCUAUGGAUAUAGAAGCACUUUCUACAUUUCAAAUCAUAAGUCGUUCUAACUUUUCUAGUGAAUUAUUUUAUCUAUUAGAAAGGUCAAAACGAUUUAUAAUUUGAGAUGAAACAUCAAGUCUGCUAUCUAUUUCCAGAGGUGUAGUUUUGUGGUACCUCUUGAUACCUCUCACUACCCAGUGUACAGUAGUUAGCAGUUUGCGUCGAACUUUGCGUUUGAUUUGUGUGGACAUGGUGAUGGGGGUUUUCUGUUUGGCGAGUUCAUUAGUCAGGUCUGUUUAGUAUUCAUCAGUGUUUUAUGUGGUAUGCAUGCCUUACGGCUAUAGUAUUGCUUCUA